AUGGUUAACGCAGAGAGAGGGUGGAGACAGGAUGGAAAAACUCCAGUCAAAGAGGAGGCUGAGAGAGAGGGAGAAACACUGAGGAGAAAAAGUGUGAUUCAAGGAAAGAGAGGAUUGAGAGAGGGAGGUGAAGACAUUGCAAGGAAAAUAUUAACUCAGAGAGAAGGGGCUGAGGGAAAGGUGAAGACAAUGAGCGAAAAACAGAUUCAGAAAAAGAAAGAAAGAAGGGAGGUGCUAAGUCAUCAAAACAUCACUACAAUCAUUGUAUUCUCUGAAUAUUACUUACUGUACAUCACCCACAAGAGAUUCACGUUGAGCUCUCCAGAGAUUAACCAAAUGGAACUAAUGAGAGUUCUGAUAUUUUCUAGAUACUCUUGUGCUAUGGAGACAGAUGUUCACAGAAUACAUCUGUACUAUGAGCCUGAUUCUCAUUUGCAAGCAAAGAAAAAAGUAAGCAACUGGGACACCCAUGUUGCACUGCAGAUAUCCUUCAAAUCUUACAAAUGCUUCCAUUAUGGAUCUUGUCACAAAAUGCAUAAGAGCAAUAUCUCUCACAUCUUUCUCUUGGGAUUUCCACAGCUUCAUGGCCUCAAUAUCCUAAUAUUUAUUUCCAUGCUCCUCAUUUACUGUGUCACUAUAUGUGGUAAUAUUAUUAUUAUUACUUUAAUUUCAAUUAACAAAAAGCUUCACUCUCCAAUGUAUUUCUUCAUCACACAAGUUUCUGUACUGGACAUUCUGAUGACCACGGACAUUCUCCCUAACUUUCUUCACAUUGUCCUGCAUGGAGGUGCCACCAUGUCUCUUGCUGCCUGUAUAUUACAGUUUUAUGUGUUUGCUAACACAGAUUCCUCAGAGUGCCUCAUCCUAAUGGUGAUGUCAUAUGACCGAUAUCUGGCUAUCUGUAACCCACUACGAUAUAAUGGUAUAAUCAACAAAGCAUUUUGCAUAAAAACUGUCAUUGCAUCGUGGUUCUUAAGUGCUUUGGUGCUGUUGAUCAUUGAAACAGACAUAUACAAGUUAGAAUUCUGUGCAUCAAAUGUUAUUGACCAUUUUUUCUGUGAUUUCCCUCCUCUUCUAGAACUUGCUUGUUCAGAUACUUCACUUAUUCCCAUCCAUACAGCUUUAGUUGGCCUUAUUGGUCUCAUAAGUCCAUUUAUAAUGAUCAUUGUAUCUUAUGUGUACAUCAUCACCACCAUCCUAAAAAUCCGCUCCAUCAGUGGGAGGCAGAAAGCCUUCUCCACAUGCAGCUCCCACCUGACUGUUGUGUGUAUAUUUUUUGGCACUCUACUUUCUGUGUAUAUUGUUCCAGCCAAAGGAGAAUUAUUGUCCACCAGUAAGGCAUUAUCACUGCUUUACACUGUGGUGACCCCCUUGCUUAAUCCAUUCAUUUACAGCCUGAGGAAUAAAGACUUCAAGGAAGCUUUUGAAAAACUUAAACAUUUUUCUAUUUAA